AUGGAAACUGUCAGAGUUCUGCGGUUCUUCAGCGCUGUACACGCACCUGAUAAAAUAAAAUUGACACAGUCAUGUGACAAAAAUAUGGUUCCAGCCAUUCCCAAACCAUCACACCGCAGUGUCGAGGCGAAUUACAGCAGCAGUGAGAAACCGCGAACACAUCUUGCCAUAACAAACGCCACGGCAAAGCCGAACAGAAUAUUCUUAUCAGCGAUUGAAUCUGAACAGCCCAUCUCAGUAGUACAGACUGUUUCUAGUGCCAAUCUACCAAAAUCCUGUUCCAAAAUUCCAAAACACUUCUCCGACUGA